CCCAUACAUCCUGCUCAUAUGCCGAAAUCCACAUUCACAUGCAAAUCCUGCCCCCUCCAAGACACCCCAGGCUAUUCUGGAUGUAUUCAAUGAACUUCUUGAGGGUUUGGGCUGGAAACUUGCUGAUGCCACCCCACAUCAAAUUAUUUUAGACUCAGUGUUUAUAAACAGCCUGCAUAAAGCCCUGGCUGGUGAGAUCUUUUGUGAUCCCACUCUAGGAAACUUACACCCAUCCCUUAGUAAUGCAGAUCACACCACACGAUACAUAAACAAACUGAGACACGAACAUUAUCCUCUUGGAACUGGACUUCAAGGAGCCUAUCAUAUACUUGAACAACACAUGCAACUCCCACCAGAGAAACAUUAUGUAUGCUGUGUUGAAGAGCGCAGUGUUACAGGAGAAGGCAAGAUCUACAUAGUUAUUUGUAUGUUUAAGGCCAUGAGUGAACUCUUACUUGAAACCAAACAGCCAUCCAUUGACAUGUCUUUCAAACAGCCCCACAAAUGGCAGGAGUUCGAGAUUGAGGCUUGGUUUCCAGAAUAUCAUCACUCUAUUGUUGUAGCCCGUGCGUUCACUAUGUCCCAAAGUGCGACAGCUCAUCACAUUCUUUUCAACCGCAUAUUUGCAAUUGUGUGCAAAGACACUGGCAAAAGCAUGCAGUUCCAUCACAUCCAUGGUGAUGGAUUUGACACCUUCAUGGCAGAUGGUCAUGUCGGUCAAGCCCUAGGGCUUGGCUUAUGUUGUGAAGAAAUAUGCAAGAAUAUGUCAGGCUACUGUGCUAUAGAAAGGACCAAAUCGUUACAUAUGUUGAUGCCUUACAAGCACCUCGCUCGCAUGUAUUGCUACUGCUUUGCUCACUUCGUCAGAAAUGUCCUUGAGGGGCAUGUGUCUCUUGAAGUAUGGUCUGCUAUGAUGAGCAUUGCAUCCGCUGAGCCAUUGCCCAACUUCAAAGCCACCUUACAAGUGAUUAGACAGGGGGACAAGAAAGCAGCUGAUUGGUUGAAAAACAAAGAGUCAGCAUGUGACUUUGCCAUUGCGGCACUCUACCAGCCUGCAAGCAAAAUUCCGAUUGAAGUAGGCUUCACCUUCAACUUCCAAUGGUAAUGAGCAGGUGCACCAGAACAUCAACCAUGAUGGGAUAAAAUUGAUGAUGCUU